CCUUACAGAAGUUCUUGAAGUCAUGGCUUCUAACAAGUUCAGUUUCAAAUUACUACUGUCUUCUUGUUUCAAGAUCGAGCAACCAUUAUUUCAAGAACCAAAGGUUCAAGCUUCCAAUCAAUUAACAUCUCAAAGACUAUCUCUAUCAGAAUUUAGUUACCCUGGUUCACCAUUAUCACUUAGUGAUUUAUCAAAUAAUUCCAUCUUUAAUCUCCAUGUUUUUACUCUCAAAGAAUUAGAAAAGAUAACCCAUCAAUUCUCCAGAAGUAAUGUUCUUGGUGAAGGAGGAUUUGGAACUGUUUAUAAAGGGUUUAUUACUGACAAGCUUAGGCCUGGUUUGAAAGCUCAGUCUGUAGCUGUUAAGGUUCUGGAUUUGGAUGGCUCUCAAGGCCAUAGAGAGUGGCUAGCUGAAGUGAUCUUUCUUGGGCAAUUAAAGCAUCCCCAUGUUGUAAACUUGAUUGGAUACUGUUGUGAAGAUGAGCAUAGGCUUUUAGUGUAUGAAUACAUGGAGAGAGGCAACCUGGAAACCCAGCUAUUUAAAAGGUAUUCUGCAGCCUUGCCUUGGUUAACAAGACUAAAAAUUGCCAUUGAAGCUGCAAAAGGCCUUGCUUUCCUUCAUGAAGAAGAGAAAACAGUCAUAUACCGCGAUUUUAAGGCUUCAAAUGUUCUUCUGGACUCAGACUAUAAUGCCAAGCUUUCAGAUUUUGGACUAGCAACAGAUGGUCCACAAGGAGAUGACACACACAUAACUACUCGUGUUAUGGGCACUGAAGGCUAUGCUGCUCCUGAAUAUAUAAUGACUGGUCACUUGACAACUAUGAGCGAUGUAUUCAGUUUUGGAGUUGUGCUUUUGGAAUUACUGACCGGUAGGCGAUCUUUGGACAAGAACCGUCCAUCAAGAGAGCAAAACCUAGUAAAAUGGGCAAGACCAUUUUUAAGGGAUCAUCAUAAGCUUGACCAAAUAAUGGACCCAAGACUUGAAGGUCAGUACUCGACAGAAGGGGCAAGAAAGGCAGCUGCAUUGGCUUAUCAAUGCCUGAGCCACCACUGCAAGUCUAGACCUACUAUGAGUGCCGUGGUUAAGAUCUUAGAGCCACUGUUGGAAUUAAAUGACAUACCAGUUGGACCUUUUGUCUAUGUUGUUUCAAGUGAAUCGGAGAAGAAAGAAAGUAACAGUGAAAAGAGAAAAGAAAAAGAAAAACAAAGUGAUGUAAAUGAGGAAGUAAAAGAUGGAAACAACAAAUCAUGUGAAGAAAAGGAAGUGAAAAUUAAAGAAAAGAGUAGUAAUAGUCACAAAAAGGGUCGGAGCCAUAGACGGCGAAUUAAGUCACUGAGAUCUAGAGCUGUAUAUUCUGAUACAGCUCUGUACAAAACAUUACGUACUGGCCUGUAUUCUCCUAGGCAGUAGAACAAAGCCUCAUUAACCAAAAGAAGGGAAUCGGCAGAGGAGUAUACUGUACAUUUGUAAUUUUAUAUUCUUUUUCCUUUUUUCGUUUCUUCUUGGGAGAAUUUGUCAAUUUCAGCAGUUGAGUAAUGGAGGUAGUUGUAACUUGUAACUAUAACAACAACCUAGUUGCUGUAAUAAAAAUGUUGCUUAAAAAAUUAGUAUUGGGGAAAAACAUUCAAUCA